ACCAUUUUUUUAUAAAUUAAUUAACUAAUUAAUAUUCGUAACUUUUUUUUUUUUCACUUAAAUUUUAUUUAAAUAUCAAUUUUAAAUUCAAAUAAUUAAGUAACGAGUCUACAUCAUUUCAAUUUUAAAUUCAGUGACUUGUGCGGUUUUUGUAUUUAUUUAUAUUUGAAUAUUUAGUGAAGUUUAUUAAAAAGUGAAUGAUAGAUUCAAAUAUGGAAGUGUCGGAAACGUCUGUAAAUGACAAUGAUGUUGAUCAAUUAAAAAUGGAGAAUAAUAAUAAUGAGGAUAAUAAUGAUGAAGACGAUGAUAGUGAAAAGUUAGAAAUGGUACAAGAUGUCAAAGAAGAUGUUGAUGUUAAAAUUGAACCUAAAGAAACGGUACUCGAUGAAGAUGGUGCGACAGUUGAAGAAACUUAUGAAAUUACAACUACUAGACGUAAAACUACAACUACUACAUACAAAAUCCAGGAAACUUCAGCGUCACACAAAACGACGACGAUGACAACAGCCGCUAAAUUAUAUGGCAAAGAUUUGAGUGAAUAUGAUGAUGUUGACGUUGAUGAACUUUUAUCUCAGUUGACGCCAGAGGAAAUAAAUAUUUUAGCUAAAGAAGUUGAUCCUGAUGAUAGUUUUAUGCCACCAUCACAAAGAUGUAGUUACGAGUGUGACAAAACCCCAACGGGCCCACUAAACCGUAAAAAAUUAAUUGAACACAUCAAUAAACAAGCACUUGAGACUCCAGAUAUCCCUGAAUUGAAACCAUACGUACCUGGUAUCGUUCGUGGUAAAAAGUGGGUACCACCACCAAAAGAAAAUCUCAAAGAAAAAGAAGCUGACGAACAAAUAUCAAUAGAUUUAGGUGACGAGUAUGAGCAGGCAUUGUCAUCAGCAACACAAGAUGAAAUAAUUGAUUUAGCUGCUAUCCUUGGAUUUCAUUCAAUGAUGAACCAAGAUCAAUACCAUGCGUCUCUUUUGAAUUCCGGCCAGCCAGUUGGUCUAGGUUGGGACGGUAUUACUAAAGCGAGCCAGCCUAAAGUAUUUCCUAUGGACCCACCAAAUGACACUGAUGUUGAUCAAUCAAUAAAACAAGUUCAGAAUAAUGAUAUUAAUCUUAUUGAUCUUAAUUUAAAUAACAUUAAAAAUAUAUCUGACGAACAAUUCUUCAAAUUAUUUGAAGCACUAGAAGGUAAUACACAUUUGGAAUCAUUGAGUUUAACAAAUGUCUGUCUGACUGAUCGGACCGCACAAAGAUUAGCCGAAGCGAUGGAAAAAAAUUCAACAUUAAGAAUACUAAAUGUGGAGACUAAUUUUAUCAGCCCAACAGUGAUGGUCAGGCUCAUUCGGGCAUUACUAAAGACACAAUCUAUCGAAGAAUUCCGUUGUUCGAAUCAGAGAUCGCAAGUGUUGGGUAAUAAAAUAGAAAUGGAAAUAACACAACUGGUUGAACAAAAUCCAACUUUAUUACGAUUGGGUUUACAUCUUGAAUUUAAUGACGCGAGACAUCGUGUUGCUGCACACUUACAACGUAACAUCGAUAGGAUACGAAAAUCCCGUCUUGAAGGAUCAUCUGAGAUCAACGACAUGUCUCGAUCAUCAAUGACAAAGGAUUCACACAAAAAUUCAAGUUACAACAACAAAGAAUCAACCGGAAAAUCAUCAACCAACCAUGAAGAUCAUCACGAACGAUAAAUAUUUAAAAUAAAAAUUUCACAUAAUUACUCUUUAUUUAAGUAACCUCACACAAAUUAAAUCAUUUAUAACUCAAAGAAAUGCCCAAAUGUUGUUAAUUAUUAAUUACUCCACAAGCUAAUCACGCAAAAGUUUAAACUCUACCAAAUAAAAUUUUUUACUCACUAUAAUAACUUAAAAAACAAAUCGUGCAAAAGAAAUGGUCGUUUUAAAAAAAAUAAAAUCCUUUUAUAUUAUUUAUAAAACAAUUAAGACAUGUCAUUUACUAAUUACUCUAUUAAACUUUUAUUAUAAUUAUUAUAUUAAUAAUAAUAAUGACUAUUAAUAUAUAAAUAAAGUAUUUAAUCAUUAAAUAUUAAUGAAUAAGUUUAUUAUUAGUGCUGCUAUUUACCAAUUAAUUAAUUAAUUAUUUAAUUGAUUAAUUAAUUAAUUAAUUAAAAGAUAAAAUAUAAUAAAUAAUAAAGAAAUAAAUCUGUAAAUAUUGACUUAUAAUUGCUGCGUUUUAAUGAAUGCUGAAUUUAAAAUCUUAUUUUAAUAAUUAAUUUAUUAAAUUAAUAAAUUAAUUAUUAAAAUUUUUAUUAUUUUAGGUUGUUUUUAAUUAUUUUAAAUAAAUAUAUACCAGUAAAUAUAUGUGUGAUUGUCUUAUUAAUUAACGUGAGAAUGUUUUAAUUAUUAAUUAAUUAAUUGGUUAAUUAAUUAUUUACUUUAAUUUUUUUUUUUUUUUUUUUUUUGAAAUAAGAAAAUUUCGAAUGAAUGAAAAAGUAUGAAUGUGAGUAAAAAAACUAAAUUACGCUUGUAGUUGAAAGAGCAAUUAAAAUAAUUUUGAAUACAAAUAUAUAUAUAUAUAUAUAUAUACUCAUUACUCAUGACACGUGAAUUAAAUUAUAAUUACAGGGGACCGAGUUUCAAAUAAAAUAAUUUUUUUUUUCCAUAUUGAAGAAUUUUCAGUACAUUAAUAUCUUCAUAUAUUUAAAAAAAAAAAAAAUCAUAUAUAUUAUGAGUGAAGUUUGAAUUCCUGACAGUACUUGUUAAAAUUCUUUGUACUUUAAAUUACUGCGCGUUAAUUUUAUAAAAUGAGAAUACUCGAUUUGAAAGUAAUUAUAAAAUUUCACUCAAUUAAAUCAGCAAGUGAACAAAAAGUCUCAACAAAAAGGUUCAUAUUAAUGACCUUCAAAAUAUGCGACAAUUUUUAAUUGUGCGUUAAUGAUUUAUUUUAAAUUUAAAUCUAAUUUUCACUCUGACGUUUUUGAUCCGUUCUGAUAUUAAUUAAAAAAAAAAACUUGUAAUUAUUUUUUUUAAAUGUUCAAGCCAGAAAAAUUCUCAAACCGAAUUAUUUUUGUUCAAAAUUUCAUGCAAAAGUACUCAGGUAAAAAUUUUGAUCUUGAAAAAAUAUUCAAUUCAAAGUUUAAAAUUUUCCUGAAUUUUGAAAUUCACUGUUAAGUUUAUGAAAAUUAAAAAAAAUAUUUUUUUGAACAGAAAUUCAAACAGAAAAAAAUAUGUGCUGCGAAUUUUACCCUCGAUCCGUUUAAACGAGACGAUUUUUACUCAAAAUGAUCGGCGUCGUCGAGUUACUGGCGACUGAUGGAACGAAAUCUAAUUCGCGGCACAUUUUUUUUUAAAAUUCACAUAUAAUUGAUUCAAUUAAAAAAAUACUCUGUCUACUAGAUCAAAUAAUUUUCGGUCCCUUGAUGUUAAAAAUUUAAUAGACUACGAAAUUAAUUUAUUUUAUUAACGAGUAGUGACGUUAAUUUAUUAAUUAUUAUUUUAAAAAAUGAUGUAAUUUUACUUUACAUUAUCAUUAUUAUAAAUUAUAAAUAAUAUGGGCCUAUAUAUAUUUGCACACAAAAUGCCAGAACAUAAAAUAUAUAUAUACGUGAUAAAAGGAAUUUAAAUAAUAUAAUAAAAAAAAUAAAUGCGAUUAAGUUAUGAAUAAAAAUGAAUAUGCACGCGUAUGAUAAUUUAAGUUUAAUAAAAAGCCUUGUUAGCUUUACUAUUAUUAUGAUUAUUAAUAUGUAAUGAAUAAUAUAAAUAUUAUUAUUAUUGUAACACGAAAAAAUUUAAUAAAUGAAUAAAACUUUA